AUGGGUAUGUUUUUGAGAUUUCUGCUAACUAUUUGGUUAAUUGGUGGCACCGCAGGCUCGAUAUAUUUGCUAUCGAAAAGAUUAUUACAAAUUGGCAUACGAGUGGUGCACCUACAUAGCGAAACAUGUUUAGAAGACACCGUGUGGUGGCCGACAUGCUUGUUGGCUCUCGUGUGCAUUUCGUGCAUCCUCGGGCUCAUGGGGAUCAUUUGUAAGAUCACAUUUUUGCAAUGGGUCUUUAGUUUCUUGGUGAACAUCGGCAUUAUUUGCGUCAUCGCGGUCAUGAUUUGGCGCUUGCUUAUGUUCGGGUUGAUUCGGAAACCCAUACCGAUGGCUUUCAACGAAGUUUACAGGAGUAAUUCGCCGUUAGACGAAGAGUAUAAGCAGAUCCUAAUCGAUGCUUUGGUUGCAGACCAUGUGUGGCCAAUGGUCGAGCAGUGCUUGACCGAGCUUCGAUUUUGCGAAGAAGUCUCGGGUUCUAAAAGGCUCUUUGGUAAAGAAGAUUGGAAAAUCGAAAAUUACUACAAAUAUUUCAGGGAGGGAUGUUGUGUGCCUCCGCCGAGAUGUGCAAAGCAAUUUGCCUCGUUCAAAGGCAUAAGCGAUCACGACGAUUGCGUAAAAUGGGCCAAUACGACCACAAAGAAAUCGCAACAUACCAAAUGUUAUGAAUGCAAUUCGUGUAAGGCAGCACGCAUGGCGACUUACCAAACAAACCAAGACAAGGUCCGUAUGCAUUCGGUUAUUAUCGCUAUUUUCCUCUUUGUAGCCAGCCUCUUUAGCUCGAUGGGUGCUUUCGACUAA